AUGUUGCCGGACGGAAGACUGCAAAUCGUGUCCUACGAUGCUGACGAGAACGGAUACAGGGCCAAAGUGACUUACAAUUCGACAGGCAGGCAUCCCACGGACUACAGCAGUACUGCGACAGGUACUCGUCGCAAUUAUGGGCGACAGAGGAUCCCGAACUCAUUCGGGGUUCGUGGGUUCUACAGCAAGAACCCCGGUGAUGGGAUGAUAUUCACCAGGCAAACAGCCUCAGAAGUGGUGCACUCCAAGUACAGCUUCCAGUGGGACGUGGACGACAACUUUUCGCACCGAGAAGGUCGGGACGGGGUCAACACAGAAGGGGAAUAUCGGGUCAUGUUGCCGGACGGAAGACUGCAAAUCGUGUCCUACGAUGCUGACGAGAACGGAUACAGGGCCAAAGUGACUUACAAUUCGACAGGCAGGCAUCCCACGGACUACAGCAGUACUGCGACAGGUACUCGUCGCAAUUAUGGGCGACAGAGGAUCCCGAACUCAUUCGGGGUUCGUGGGUUCUACAGCAAGAACCCGGGUGAUGGGAUGAUAUUCACCAGGCAAACAGCCUCAGCAGUGGUGAAGCAUAAACCUCAAGUAGUUUCAAAUUACAAUGAGGCCAUUGCAAACACGAGGAAGCACAUCCAACAAUACAGGCAUUCCGUGACCCAUGAAGACCAAGAAGAGGUCAAGGAACAAUCCAGCAACAAGCAGCACAUGAUACAAACCAACCAGGUGACAUCAAAUCAAGAGUCACCCAAUAAUGUCCUGGACCUGGGAUUUGCCCAAGUUGUGGUCAGUACACAAGCAAGUGUCCAUGUGGACUCUGAAUACCAAAAGAAGUAUGGCAUAGAGUCCUCACCUUCUUACAAUGUACCAACAACUACAACAGAACCCAGUAUUGGGGUUUGGAUUGCACCCAAGGGACAGAAGUCUUACAGUGCACCUAUUCAGAGUUUUGCGCAGGCAAAUGUGCAGCAACCUGCUGGUCAACAUUUUCACCAGCAACAAGGAUACUCCAGACCAUCCCAACAAGUAGUAACAAUUCAGGAUGACUCAUCAAGUGAGGAAGUUGGUCCAGCUCCAGAAAAACCAGCUCUAACAACAUCUUACAGGCCUGUGAAUGUAAACUCCAGAUUUUCCUCCACAUUGCCAGAAUAUUCCACAGUUGCUAAAAAUCCAUUGCUGCCAAUAGUUCAGCAGAGUUACCCUCAAGCAAACAUUCCCAAUUCUUCCAGAGCAAGAGGAAGACCAGGAAAUGUGUAUUUUAGCUUUCAUGCUAGAAAACAUGCAGAUCAAGUGCAUAAUCACCAUCAUCAGUCUUCUCAACAUCACAAAUUACAUGAGACAUCAGCUUCAACUUACUUUGAUGAGCAGGAAGCAGGACCUUUGUACACAAGUGGGAACCCAUUGCUUGUAAACUCUCACAACAACAAGGGUGACAGUAAUCAUUACAUCAAGAAUUCAUCUGAGGAACAAAGUCAACAUCAAAUCAAUUUUCAGACAAAAUACCAUGCUGAUGUUCCUUCUGCAUCAGCUCCAAUUACUUAUGCUCCCACAAGGUCGCAGCCAUUGGCUGUAAUGUCAGUGCCCCAGAUGCACAAACUGUCUCAUCACAGAGCUUCUCAAUUUACCCAGGAACUAAGUGCAAAAACUCAUUCAUCCGCUGAGAUCAAUCAAGACCUUCCAGUUCAAACCAAAGCUACCAUUUCUAGACCUCCAGGGCUCCCCAACCGUUCCAGGUUUACCAAGGACAUAGACUUAUAUUCUCAACCAACCUAUGACAUACCAUACCAGCAGCAGCAUGCACCUGGCUCUUCUGCAAGAUCACUCAACACCUAUGCAAGGGCACCUGUCAGAAGGCCAUCUUGGACAUCAGUGAACAGUGGGCCUCAUCAGAACUAUGGCAAGACAGUCCAAACCUUGUCACAUGGAAACAGGUACUCAUCAGGGUAUGUCCAGCAUGGAACCUCAUGUCCCAACUGCUAUCAAGCACCUAAAAGGCGUCCUUACCACCGCCCAAUCACUAAACCAGUGCACACAUACAACUCUGGUAGUUUCCAGAGGAUAGUUGGAGGGCGUCCAGUCAUUUACUACACCAGAGAGGCCCAUCAUCACAACAGGUAUGCCAAGGUUCACAACCAGUAUGCUGAUGCAUAUGACCAUAGACAAGCUGUGGUGGGUCAGCAUCAUGCUCAUAGAGCCCAUGUGAGUCAUAGGCCAAGUUACCAGCAUGUUGGACAUCAGUAUUCCCCUGCUUUUGGUGCAAAGGCACAAGCAAGUGCCCAUGCUGGGAUGAGUGGUGAUGCACAAGCCAGUGCUGUGGCUCAUGCUGUUGGCAUGGGUAAUGCUCAGGCAUCUGCAACAGCAGCCCAUGGAUGGAGAUGA